AUGAGCGGACACAUACACUUGAAAAGCCCUUUCCUUGCCGCUGUAGCAAAAGGUUUGCCAGACGGUAAGAAGAAAACUGGCCCUAAUGACCCUUCUUGCCACGGUGAGGUUGAGUUAUCCGAUGUCUCCGUGAAUGGCGAUGCUUCGCAUCUCGUUGGAUCCGAGACAGUUCAAGGUCGAGCACUGGAUUUAUGGCUAGAUGAUCAUCAAGACGCCCCGUUGGCGGUUUCUAGACCGGUCCAGCCACCAAGGCACCAGGAUGCCGAGGACCAAAAUCCAAUUGUCGCAUACGAUUUGCCAACUAAUUUGCUAGGUGAAAUGCCAUCGGCGGAAGAAAUACAACUAUCAACUACGACCAGGCUUCCCUCAAACGCUCCACAACAAUCUUUUGACGAAAAUCUGCACGAUCUUCAAAUUUUAUGGGGCAGCAUGGAAGCAAACCUUUCCUGGGGAGGGCCAUUUCCAGUAGACUCGGGUAUUCCCAAUGAACUGAUUUCCCUGCCUGAGUUCGAUAUCCCGGAGCCGACACGUUCUGGAUUCUCGGAACUGCCUACAGGUCCAAAUUCUGGCUCAAGGCGAUCAGAUAGCCCCUAUUCGGAUGAUGACACCUCAUUAUGCAACGAUCAGCUUCCACCGUUACAAAAAGAUGACCACGCCGCUUUGUCACUCCCAGAUAAUCCCUCACAGCGUCCAUGCGGUUCUUCCGCAGAACACCCGAGAGUUCUCAGCGCGAAUUACCCUUGGCAUAUCUCCAAGGAUGAUUACCAGGCAGUUGUAUCCCAUGUUGCGAAUGUUCGCCAUAUUCUCCCGGAGUCAUUUAGCCUUCCGUCCAAGUACGUAUUUUGCAGAUACGUCGAGGGGUUUUUCACAGGAAGCCAUGAACAUUUACCAUUUCUACAUUUUCCCACUGUUUCAGUGGCAUAUCUGUCGCCGCAUCUGACACUAGCCAUAAUUGCUAUGGGCGCGCAAUAUCGAUUUGAACGAGCUCGUGCCGUGACAUUCUACAGGGCUUCAAAAUCUCUGAUCGACUAUCACAUCAGAGUGAACUUACAAGGGAAAUUUCUCGGCACUCCGAGAGGCCAGAAUGACGACGCAAAAUCUGCCUUUUCGGCAGAUAUUGAAGUGUUACAAGCUCAGGUCAUUCUCACAACCCUGGGUAUCUGGGCUGAUCCCGAGCUGCUCCACGAUUCACUUGCGAUGGCUAGUCAAAUGUCACUUUAUCUUCGGGACAGCGGACUUCUCUUGGAUGAUACUCCCACCCACGAUGGAACAUGGAGUUCUUGGGUGCAGCUAGAAGGGCGGCGACGUACCAAGUUUAUUGCAUUUAUGCUUUCCAACGUCCAAACCAUUCUUUACAAUACACCCCCAAAAAUUUUAAAUAGUGAAAUCACCUCGCUCUAUCUCCCAUGGCCCGAGGAACUCUGGAGGGCUUCCAGCUCUGCCGAAUGGAAGACCCUUCUCCAAAGAUGGCCAUCCUGUCCCUCAUUCGGUGAUGGCUAUGCCCAACUGUUUCGAUCACACUUGGGAGUCGGCAACCUGUCUUUCACUGUCCGAGGAAAAGGGAGCUUCCUUACCGCACGAGACUCUUACAAGAUUUCACGCCGCACUUCACAGGUGGCAAAAAAGUUGGCAGAUUAG